UCACAAAUACGUCGAUGCAUUCCUCUAAAACCCGACGCUAGGGUUUCAUUCCUUUGACCUCGAUAGCCUCCGAGCUCCUCAGCCUAAUCCAUUUCCCGCCGAUUCAUCGUCAUCAGCAGCGGAACAAUGGUGAAGGAACGCCGAGGAGAACGCGUUAGGUUGUACGUGAGGGGAACGGUUCUAGGGUACAAGAGAUCGAAGUCGAACCAGUACGAGAACACGUCGCUGCUGCAGAUCGAGGGGGUGAACACCAAGGAGGAGGUCGCUUGGUACUGUGGAAAGAGGUUGGCUUACAUUUACAAGGCCAAGGUCAAGACUGGAGGCAGCCAUUACCGCUGCAUUUGGGGCAAGGUCACUCGCCCUCAUGGAAACAGUGGCGUCGUUAGGGCUAAGUUUAGGUCCAACUUGCCCCCCAAAUCCAUGGGAGCGAAGGUUAGGGUUUUCAUGUACCCGAGCAACAUCUGAGCUUAUCACGCUGGUGAAGUGCGCUUUGGCUGGAACGGUGAAAUUUGCUUUAGUUGCUUUCUUAGGAUUAUCAAAUAUAUUCAAUGGUUAUCUAAUUAGUUAUUGAAAUAUGUGUAUUUGUUUGAAACAAAACAUUUUUAGACUUUCUGCAUAGACUAUAUAGCCUUCUGUUUCUCUCUUAGAACUAAACAUCGCCUUUGUUGUGGUGUGGUAAUAUUUGAGUUAGUUGGGCAAGUAUCUUUGAUGCUGAGGUGCGGGCUACUAUUACUUAGUUGCCGCAGCAAACGUAUUUGAUUUGUGUUAUGGUGUCA